GCUCCAGGACUCCUUCUUGGCCCAUCCUGCCACUACAAGACCUUGCCAAAUAUGGUUAAUACAUAAACCAGAAUUGAGGAAAUUGGGAGACUGGUCUUUUUUUCAUUUCAGUGUUAGAGCUGUGUUUGAACAUGAAGUAUGAGGACUUUGUCAUCAAAUCUCAUGAAUUUUCUAUUCCAUCCCAUUCUUCAGUUGUUCAUACUUUCCAGCUGGGUGCAAGGAUCAGAUUCUGCACGUGGGAUAAAGCACAAAAGUAAUGAGACAGCUGUAUUGGGAGGAAAUGUGACAAUUUUCUGCAAUUUGACAUCUCCAGAAGAGAUUAUACAAAUUACUUGGCAGAAGAUCCAAAACUCAUUACCAUACAAUAUUGGCACAUACAGCAGUAAAUAUGGAGAAAGGAUUCUUCCACCAUAUAUAAAUCGACUGCACUGCAAGUCCAUCGAACCCAAUUCCUCAUUCAUAACUAUCCGUGAAGUGACAUUUGAGGAUGAAGCCUGCUACAAGUGUCUGUUUAACGUGUUCCCACGUGGCAGCCAUGGAGGACAAAUCUGCCUUAACAUUUUUACUGAACCUGAAUUAAAAACUGAACUCCAAACCAACCUUGACUCUGCAGGUUUUGUUAGGUUUAUUUACUCAGCAGUGGGUAAACCUGCUCCUCAGAUAUCUCUUUUCCCUGCACAACUCCUGGUGAAUCUGUCAGAGGAAUACCAUGCUCAGAACCCAAACGGCAUAGUGACUGUCAUGAAAAAGUAUAACAUCUCCGUGGAGAUAGUCAAGUCCCUGAGUCUCCCGUACCUGAUUGUGAAAAUGGUUCAUCCUGUGAAGCACGAGGAGAAGAUUGUCACUCUGCCAUUGCAAGAAGAACAUCCUCCUGAUUCUCCUAUUAUUUGGGCAAUUACUUUUGUUGUUGUACUCAUAGUUGCUCUAUUGCUUGCUAUUUUUCUUUUUUGGAGAUGCAAAAAGAAAAAGAAAAUGAGUAAAAAUAAGGAUGACCAUAAGCCUGAUGAUACUGAACAAGACACACCCUUGCAAGGCAUGACAGGGGCAUCUAAAUGAAAGACUUUGUUCUUGCACACAGAUUCAAGAAAUGUGGAACUUGUCAGACUAAGAAUAUUCAUCAUCCUUACAAGUGGAAGAAA